CAUUAAUUUACAGUGUUAUAUUAGAAGUAAUGCAAAAUAGGUUUUGCUUGCUCGUCAUAUUCCUUUAUGUACUAUGUUAACAAAUGACGCGAGUCAUCUCUGAGACUCAGAAAGCAUAUUUUGGUAUCGUUCUAAAAGUGACGAGUGGUAUAGUUUUGAUGUGUUUCUCAGAAUGGCAGCAUCUUCAAACAUUUGGCCUUCUGUUAGGGGAAUGCCUUGAUAGCACGACAAGCCAAUCAAUGUGGGGCAAGCCAGUUAAGGCACGCCUCUAGCAGAGCUUGGCCAGUCAAGAGUGUCGGAUUCACGAGUGGGGGCAGGGCACUAAACACAGCCCUGCCAAGCUGUGGCUGAGCGAAGUGAAUGACGUCUCUGCCUUUGCAGCCGCCGACGCAGUGUUUGGUUUCCAUUUUCACAGCCGAGUAUCGGGGUGACCAACAACAUGGAACCGGAGAUUGAGGACAAAACGUUGGAAUUAAUGUGCUCUGUGCCUCGCUCUCUCUGGCUGGGCUGCUCCUCGGUGGCAGAGAGUUUGUGUGCACUCAGGUGCCUGCAGAGCAUCCCCUCCACCCGGGCACACAACCAGAACACAUCAGUCAUGGAGUCUCAGAACCACGUAGACGACCUCUCGCCAAAGAAGACCACAGUUCUCACCAAGCUUAGUAACGGUCCUGUGAUGACGGGCUCUCGUAAGCGCCCGUCGGAGGGGAACAACGACAAGGAGAAGGAGCACUGCAUCUCCCUGUUUGACCAGUGGUCCGAGACUGACCAAGUUGAGUUUGUAGAACACCUCAUCUCCCGAAUGUGCCACUACCAACACGGCCACAUCAACUCCUACCUCAAACCCAUGCUCCAACGAGACUUCAUCACAGCACUGCCAGCCCAGGGUCUGGACCACAUAGCAGAGAACAUCCUGUCGUUCCUGGACGCGCAGUCUCUGUGCUCCGCGGAGCUGGUGUGUAAGGAGUGGCAGAGGGUGAUCUCAGAGGGCAUGCUCUGGAAGAAACUCAUAGAACGCAUGGUCCGCACAGACCCCCUCUGGAAAGGCCUGUCCGAGAGGCACCAGUGGGAGAAGUAUCUGUUCAAGAACCGAACGACAGAGGUCCCGCCCAACUCCUACUACCACUCCCUGUACCCCAAGAUCAUCCAGGACAUAGAGACUAUCGAGGCUAACUGGCGGUGUGGCAGACACAACCUACAGAGGAUCCAGUGUCGGUCAGAGAACAGUAAAGGAGUCUACUGCCUCCAGUACGACGAUGAUAAAAUCAUCAGCGGCCUGAGAGACAACUCCAUAAAGAUCUGGGACAAGCAGUCUCUGGAGUGUCUGAAGAUCCUGACAGGUCAUACAGGGUCAGUGUUGUGUCUGCAGUAUGAUGAGAGAGUCAUAGUCACUGGUUCCUCCGACUCCACUGUCAGGGUGUGGGACGUGACGUCGGGUGAGGUAUUGAACACCCUGAUCCAUCACAACGAGGCGGUGCUCCACCUGCGCUUCUGCAACGGUCUGAUGGUGACUUGUUCCAAGGACCGCUCCAUCGCCGUGUGGGACAUGGCCUCGCCCACCGACAUCAGCCUCCGGCGGGUCCUCGUGGGUCACCGUGCCGCCGUCAACGUGGUCGAUUUUGACGACAAAUACAUUGUGUCCGCUUCGGGGGACCGCACCAUCAAGGUGUGGAGCACCAGUACGUGUGAGUUUGUGCGCACGCUAAACGGACACAAGCGAGGCAUCGCCUGCCUGCAGUACAGAGACAGACUGGUGGUCAGUGGCUCCUCGGACAACACCAUACGGUUAUGGGAUAUUGAGUGUGGAGCGUGUUUGCGAGUGUUGGAAGGUCAUGAGGAACUAGUCCGCUGCAUUCGCUUUGACAACAAGAGAAUUGUCAGUGGUGCCUAUGACGGUAAGAUCAAGGUGUGGGACCUGCAAGCUGCCCUGGACCCACGAGCCCCAGCCAGCACCUUGUGUCUUCGCACACUGGUGGAGCACUCGGGGCGCGUGUUCCGGCUGCAGUUUGACGAGUUCCAGAUCAUCAGCAGUUCCCAUGACGACACCAUCCUCAUCUGGGACUUCCUGAACGUGUCGACCAAUGGACAGUCAGAGGGCCGGUCCCCCUCACGCACCUACACCUAUAUCUCCAGAUAGCAGGUGGCGCCAUCCACUGCAGCAAGUCUUGGAGGAGCUGAGAUCUGAUUGGCUGAUGGAGGGUGUGUUGCAGAGAGGAGCUCAACUCGUCUUCUUCCUCAUCCUUCUGUCCAUAUACCCAUUCUGACAAGGACUUAGGUCUCCCACCACACCCCUGAAACACACACACGCACUGCAACUUUUCCUGCAGUUGAACACACACAACCACACAUUCAUAUUAUAUCACUAACUUAUGUUCUCCAGUCAACACUAACCCACCACAGUAAAAAAUGUUUUUACAUAUCUUACACCAGACAUGACCUAAUCACUUACCUUAAGAAGUCCUACCAUAAGCUCUAGUUCUUCAGUUCUCACCCCCAACCCCACCUAGACACACGUGCUCGUAUGGAUGGAGAAUGACCUUGGCGCUGCAGUGUGGGAGAGAGAGACUUUUAUCUCGGCUCUGAGUGAGGAAGGAUGAGCGAUGGAGUUAGUUAAUGAGUGAAGAAUGAAGACUCCACUCCAUCUAUCCUGGUUCCCACUCUUCUUCUCCCUGGGAUGAACACUUGUUCGGAACGCGGAACACACGUGUGUGUGUGUGUGUGUGUGAACCUGUAAAAUGCGGCAUAGACUAAUAGAAAGACUGGCAGUAUUGCUCCGUCACCAUGGAAAUGGAUGUGCAUGUUGAGGUUGCCGGGAUACGUCGUCCCGGGCGACACCUAUGCUCUUUCCUUUUACGGCUGUUUUACUUUCUGAAUGUUUUUUUUAUUCUUUUGUUUUUAUAUUUUAUUUGACAAAUCAUUUUGUUCUUAGUAAAAUUAUACUAAGCAUUGUAGUUAUUUUUCUGUCUCUUAUUCUCAUUGUCUUUCUCAUUCACUCUUCUCAGUCGUUUCCGCUCACCAUCUCUCUCUAUCCAUCCAUGCUCGCUUUAGUUAUGAGAGAAGCUGGAACUCUGAAUGCAAUUUAGCUGUAAAACUGAGUCCUCUUGUCAAAAUUGUUCUAUAUUAAAAUGAUUUUUUUUAAAGAAAAUGAUAUUGUGAAUAAAGUACUUGACAGUGAUUGGGUAUUGAGCCAACUAACAUAAAU